CUACCCCACCCCUACCCCACCCCUACCCUACCGCUACCCUACCCCUACCCUACCCCAUAUUGCGAAGCAAUUGUUAAAGACCAAAACAUGCGAGACAUAAUUGUUUUUUUAAGUAAAGUUUUAUCCCCACAUCAACUUCACAGGGAUAAAUUUAUCGCGUUUAAAUGUCAAAAGUCCCAAAGUAUAUCAUUUUAUCCACUCCAUAUGCCAUAGUCGAGGAAAAGAUCUCCACGCGUAAUGUCAAUCGGGGAUUAAUUUGUCUUUCCCUUGUGGUCAUGCUAUGACGGGUGGAUUUAUAUCCUUAGUCAGUGGAUAUAAUGGGUGGAUAAAAAUUUUAUCCCUUGCCCAUGCUAGCCCGGCUGAUAGUUAUUUUGGAAAUAUAUUUCAUGUACAGAAUUGACCUCUCUACAGAUUUAUUAUAAGUAUAGAUGAAUGCUUGCUACAUCUUUUAAUUAUAACACUAAUAUUAUAAAGGCGAAAAUUAUUAUGUAUGUGUUUGUUCCUCCGCAGCUACUGAACCAGUUUUAGUGAAAUUUGAAAUGGGAAUUGAUUUUAUCCUGGAUUAACAUCGUUAUCAACCCAUAUUCGGCACUCUGUUGAGCACGAGUCUCCUCUCAGAAUAAGAGGGUUAGGCCUUAGUCUACCACGUUAGCCCAAUGAGGAUUAGUAGACUUGACACAUGCAGAGAAUUAAGAAAAUUCUCAGGUAUGCAGGUUUCCGCACGAUUUUUUCACCGUUUGAGACACGUGAUAUUUAUUUUCUUACACACUGAAAAGUUGGAGGCGCAUGCUCCGAACCGGAUUCGAACCUCCGCCCUCCGAAUCGAAGACAGAGGUCAUUUACAUUGAGUUGUCACGGCUCUGUGUAUGCUGUAUGAUAUAGGCAGUAAUAUUUCGUUUUAACCCGCCAUGCUAUACGCAGUGCAUCCACAUGCCCUUUGCAAGCCAACUCAAGUAGUGAAGGGGCCAUGCCACGAGUGCAUCUGCAGAGAGGAUGGCUUGUUCGUUUGCCACGCCGUCCCUUGUCCACUGAGUGUAGUAAAUCCAAGGAAAUCCAGCAAGGACGAGUGUCAACCACAUGUUACUUAUAAAUAUGAGGAACUGCUGUGCACCUGCAAUUAUGAGGGAAGAUGGGGUUCCUUCAACUGCAGGGAGACCUUCCGAUACUUGCGAUCAGACAAUAAAUCUGUGAAGCGCGAUCUAAAAUCUGACUACAUCUACAUCUUUUCCAACCAACAUGAAAUUGAUCAUAACGAUUUGCCAGAAAUCCAAGAUGGUGAAAGUUGUGUUCAGGGAAAGGUGUACAAAAUGUUAUGCAACACAUGUCAAUGCGGAGAACGGAAUAAACUUAUGUGCACCAAAAUGUCCUGCUUUGAGAAUACUAUCCAAACAGCGCUGCGGCAAGCUAAAGAAGAAUCAGAUAAGAAAGAAAACAAGGAGAAAUUAAAUAAUGGAGUACUCCCAAAAGCACUGCGGCAAGUAAAAGAUGAUGAAAAAAAGAAAGUAAUUAAGGGAGUAAAUUCAGGAGCUCUUAGGAAAGGUAGUUCGAAGAAGAAAUUGCUCACAUUACCGAAAGGAAAAUGUGUUCCCGGAAUGAUUUAUAGCAGCGGAUGUAAGAAAUGCUUUUGUGAUGAUAAAGAAAAAGCAAAAUGUACUCGCUCAUGCAGUGGCGAGUUACCUAACCGAUUCAGUGAUAAGGAUAUCUCAGAAAUGGAGACGCGAUCUGUAAUCGAUCUUCCAGAGCUUCCACAUAUGGGGGCCAAAUGCGAUCCAGGAAAGAGUUACUACGUUGUCUGUAAUAUUUGCUUCUGCAGUCACAAACAUGAUCUGAUUUGCACUAUGAAGUAUUGCAUCGACCUUGAUAGUGCCACAAAUGUGCAAUCGAAAGAACUCACAGGACGUCCAUGCAAAAAAGACUUCAAAUUUCUCUGUGCCGAUUGCAAAUGCGUGAACAACCAAAACCAGUGCAAGCCGAUACCAAAUUGUGGGAACCAUAUGUCGGGAAAACAACUGUUGUCGUCAGCAGCUGGCACGAAUAUGAAAUUAACUCUAGAUAUUCAGAAGGAAAAGUGUAAACCAAAUGUUUCCUACAAGUUCCAUUGUAACGAGUGCCACUGUCAACCCGACGGAAGCUUAAGAUGUACCCAGAAGAUCUGCCUCACGUAUUCGCAGGCAAAGGAUUUGCAAGAUAGGGAGACUUAUUUAGAUAAGCAUGGUCUUUGAACUAUUAAAUGAACGCAGUACGCAAAAUUGGCAAAUGUGUUGGCAAAUAUAAAUUUAA